UCAUAUUUAUAGUAAGUAAUUACUCCAUAUAGUCAAAGAUUAUAAUUACAACAUUUAAUUUCCUUUUAAUUCUCACUUAAUUAUAUAAUAUUGGUAAGUUGAGAGAAUAAUCAGCUGCCCUGAUUUCUUCGCAUAUAAUGCAUACAAUCCAAACAGACCCUCUAAUUAAUUAACAAAAUAUUACUAUAAAUGAUUUUAUCUAUUGUAUUCAAUCAACUUUUAUUUGCCAUUAGUAUAUAUAUCACAGUAGAGGUAGUAUGAUCAAUAUUAAUUUCCUCAACAUUAGAAAAAUAAAACAAGGAAGAAAUCCAGGGAUUCUGUGAGGAAUGUCAAUCUAUUUAAAGGGCUAAUGAGGAGGGAAGACUUGCUGCUUUUCGAUAAACAGAGUGGAUCAGACAUACAUUAAUAUCGAAUAAUUAAAAUGGCUGCAUCGUUUUUGGCUGUGGUGUUUAGUACUACUCUUUUCUCAGGAAUAGUUGUUUUCGUUUGUAAGCUAUUUGGCUGCAUUCGCAAGGAAAAACCGAUCGACUUAUUACCAAGAGGAAGCAUGGGUUGGUUUCCGUUCCUAGGAGAGACUCUUGCCUUUCUCAAGCCGCAUAAAUCCAACUCUAUCGGCACCUUCUUGCAACAACAUUGCUCUAGGUAUGGAAAUAUAUUCAAAUCCCACCUAUUCGGUGGCCCAACAAUAGUGUCUUGUGAUCUGGAGUUUAAUGUUUUUAUUCUUCAAAACGAGGAGAGGCUGUUUCAGACAAGCUAUCCUAAACCUGUUCACGACAUUCUUGGGAAGUUAUCGAUGAUGCUCGUUUCUGGAGAUCUUCACAAGAAACUCAGAAGUGCUGCUGUUAGUUUCAUUAAUGUUUCCAAAUCGAGCCCUGAUUUUCUUUCUUAUGUCGACGACUUAUGUAUCUCUUUGGUUGAUUCUUGGAGAGAUAAGAAGCAAGUUGUUUUCUUCAAGGAAGCGAAAGAAUUAACUUUUUAUCUAAUGCUGAAGAAUCUGCUGAGCAUCGAACCGGAAGAUCCAAUUGCUGGAGAAAUACUUGGAGAUUUCCUCACUUUCAUGAAAGGUUUUGUUUCUCUGCCUAUACUAAUUCCAGGGACUGCUUAUGCAAAAGCUGUCAAGGCAAGAAAAAGGAUAUCAUACACUUUAAAAGAAAUGAUAAGAAAUCGGGAAAAUGAAGGAAUGCAUAAAAAAAGAGGAGAUUUUCUGGAUGAACUAUUGGGAAAAGUAUGGCUGAAUGACGAGGAAAAAGUGAGCAUUUUGCUGGACCUUUUACUAGCUGGUUAUGAAACAACUUCCGGUCUCAUGGCCCUCGUUGUUUAUUUUCUCGCGCACUCCCCUUCUUCUCUUCAAACACUCAAGGAUGAACACCAAGCACUGAGGAAAACGAAGAAAGAUGGAGAGCCGUUGAAUUGGGAAGAUUUCAAGAAAAUGGAAUUUACUUCUCAUGUCAUUAGUGAAUCUCUGCGUUGCGGGAAUCUAGUUAAGUUUGUGCAUCGGAGAGCUCUCAAGGAUGUUAAGUUCAAAGAGUAUGUAAUUCCAGGUGGAUGGCAAGUUCUCCCCAUUUUCACAGCUGCACAUCUUGAUCCCUCCAUACAUGAACAUCCCUUGGAGUUUAACCCUUGGAGAUGGGCUGACCAAACAACGAGCAAAAAGGUGACGCCUUUUGGUGGUGGACUGCGGAUUUGUCCAGGGGCAGAACUUGGUAAACUAGAGAUUGCGUUUUUUCUUCACCAUUUUGUUCUUCAUUUUAGGUGGGAAGCAAAGGAAGAAGAUUGUCCAAUUUCAUGCCCUUACUUGGAUUUCAAGAGAGGUUUGGUUCUCCAGAUUCACCAAUUACACAAAUAGCUAUGCAUGCAAAUGUUGGAUUUAUGUUUUUGCCAGAAGAAUCAAAGUUAAAUGUGAGGGAAAGUAAAUUGGUUUUUUAUAGAGUAUUAGAGACUAUCAAAUUUCUUCCAAUUUGUUAGUCACAUACAAUUGGACUAAUUAGUAAUUACAAAUUUACAAUUACAUACUUAAUAUAGGCGUUUAUGUA